GUUUUCUGCAUACCGAAUUUCUGACAGUCUAUCAGGAGUUGUCGAGUGUCCCGUGCGGUAUUAAUAGCAUGUGCUCAAACCUAAAAUUAUUUGAUCAAUUUUUGGUGUUGUUUAAUGGAGUAAAUUCAAUCGAAAUGCAUGUCAUGUGUGGUCAUGUGCUGGUUGAAUUCAAUGAAGUUCAAUAAUAAAAUCAUCACAGUUUUAAUGUGCGGGACGAUACCAGUAGAUGAUGUGCGAGUUGUGCGGUGAUAUAUUCUUUUCAUGCGGUUCAAUAUUGUCCGUGUUUAAUCGUGUAAAAUCGUGUGCACAACAGAAGUUUUUUUAACAUCCCACGUUCUAAGCAAAGCUGAGAUGUUCCCAGCAGGACCUUCACAUCUCUGCAGACACAUCGGAGCCGUCAACUGCGGAUGUGAAAAUAUGCAGUACAAAGGAUACAAAUUACAACACGUGUUUCACUGAAUCAGCAAACCAAAUGCUAAAACAUCUUAUUCAAGGUUUACGCAUAUUGAACGCUGUGCCUAUAGACCCUCUAAACAUUCCAUUAAUCUCAAUUGCGAAAAACAACAGCUUUGUUCCAACGUUGGCUUUCAAUUACACUGAUGUAACUUAUGAAGGCUGGAAAGACGCGGUUGUGCUGCGUUCAGAAAUUAAUCCAAAAGAUAACGACUUCCACAUGGUCAUUAAAAUUCCACGAUACGUCAUGCGCUGUCUGUACGACGUAACAGGCAGUAUUGUUGGAAUCCCUUUAGAAGGCUCCGGAAAUUUAACACUGAUUUUCUACAAUCUCACCAACGAUAUGCACCUUCGUGGCCACCAAAACGUUCGCAAUGGACAAGAGUUCCUCGUCAUUGAUGACUUCGUUCAGAAAUCACUAAUGGAUCAAGUACAUUUCAAUUUGAGCAAUGUUUUCAACGACGCCAAACGAACUGAAAUCACCAACCGACUCCUUAACUCGAAUAGUAAAGCUGUCGUGCAGGCAGGCAUCGGCAUUAUCGACCACGUCUGGGGAAGAAUACAUGGAGGGCUCAUGCAGAAGAUAUUUGACAAGGUUCCCUACAGGGCUAUGUUCCCAGAUGUGGACACAGCGCCAACAGCUGUUGAUGACAAAGAUGAAGAAGAAAGAUGAAUUGUACGCAUAUACUUCUGAGAGAAUACUUUCGUACGCUUAUACUUCAGAGCAAAUAGCCCAGUGUUGUGGUAUAUUUCUUUUACAAGAAAUAUAAAAAUAUUUAUUUACCACAAAUAAUUCUGUUAUUGUAUAUUGCAUAAAGUUAAUUCGCCAAUAAGUGCGAGUGCCUCGGAUUUAUUUUUUGAUCAUGAGCCACAUUCCAAUUGAACCUUUUGAAACCUUAAACACCACAUCUAAAUUUGAUUCCUCUUCCACAAGAUUUACCGAUUUAAGGUCUCCAGUGUCAAUGAACAUGAAUAUAUCAGUAAAUCUGGGACUGUGAGUCUCAAGCAUAUCCAAUAAGUUUUUCGAAUAAUUAAAAAUGGAUGUAUUACAUUA